AUGGUUUAUGUUCUGAAUAUGAAUAUGGUUGAACAUAAUAGCUGUUGGGAUGGGAUUGAUAAUGGGGCCAUGCCCGAUGAAGAGUUUGAGAGCAUAUUCAGUCUUUUGGAUUUUCCCAUGGAGAGUUUGGAAGGAGAUGGACUGGUUGGAGAAUGGGAUAUGAGUAAGUCACAAUGCCUCGGGCCUAUUCCUACGGACACAUUAAUGGAGUUGCCACCGAAUCCACAGGGCAAAAUUGGCACUGUGUUACCACAUUCCCUGCCUAAAUCGGUUGCUCCAAUUGAUGAGCAAAAGCAGCUUCUAGAAGAAACCUCCAGCUUAGUUAUUCUUCGCCAGCAUAAAUUUACCGAGGCCCAAGAGUAUGGUGUUUUCCAGACACAAAGCCCCGUUUCUGUACUUGAAAGCAGCAGAUACUGCUCAGUUGGAAAGUGUAUGCCGAUCAAAUCUAAGCGAGUUAAAUUUCUCACAUGGCUUUCAGCUGGCAUUGUCAUUCCAGUUCAAGCCAGAUCUAAGCGAGUUAGAUCUUCGACUGUAAACCCAUGGCUUUUGAUUUCUCCUAUAUCUUCUGCCUCUUCUACCUCUAAGACUUCAAAUUUUAGGAAGAACAAGGACAAGAGGAAGAAAUUGUCCCAGCUUUCAGUUUCCAACAAAACCAUGGACUAUCCCUAUCAGAAGGCUAAAGCUUCAUCAAUUGUAUCAGAUUCUGUAGAGCCGCAAAAUACUUUCUUGCAGAGGGUUACAGCAUCAAAGAAAUGCACACAUUGUGACGUGACAAAGACACCACAAUGGAGGGAGGGACCAUUGGGGCCAAAGACUCUAUGCAAUGCAUGUGGGGUUCGAUACAGGUCUGGACGCCUAUUUCCAGAAUAUCGUCCAGCAGCAAGUCCUACAUAUGUUCCAUCUCAGCACUCCAACUCCCACAAGAAGGUUAUAGAGAUGAGAAACAAAGGUAAACAGAAUGCAGUUAAGGUCGAGGAACCCCUAAUUUCUCCACCUCCUGGUUUUGUUCCCAUGGGAAGCUAUUUGUUCGAUUUUAUAUGCUGA